GGGAAAGUUGUAGACAGGCCCUGAAGGGAACAUUCCCAAAAUAACUGUAGGAAGAGAUUCCUUUUUUCCUAUUCUAAUAACUUUCCUUCUUCAGUGGAAAUAAUUUUGCUAUGGCUGGAUAAUAUCUUAGACCUAUUUUUGAAGCGUGGGUGGUUUUAAUGCAUCUUCAGGGUGGAAUCUGUGCAUUAGAAGUCGGUGUACUAACAAAUUCUUCCGUGUCUAUAAUGAGUGUUAAAAGUGAAAUGAAGCCCGCGGUACCCAGUCAUGUCUCUGAAGUUCAGCAAAUGUUUAUGUAAAUUUAAAUUUGGGAGACUGUAAUUGGAGACGCUUUUAUCGGAAAAAAAAUUAAUUAAAAAAAAAAUCUUUUUCUAAAGAUGACUUAGCUAUGAACACAAAUGACUAAAAAGCGGUGCCCUAGUUUCGGCUGGAGCCGCUUCAGGAAUGCCAACAUCAGCACUGGGUUUAAUUAGCAUUGCCAAGACCUGGCCUUGCACCAACACCAGGGCUCUGCACAUAAAAAGCAAAGGAGACUGACCCGGCAGGUCGAGCCUGUAGAACCGUGAGGGGGAAAAGAAAAGCUUCGAGGGAAACACCGGAGAACGACGCUCUCCCGAGGCUGAGGGACGGCAGGGCAGCCGCGCCGCACCCAAGAUGGCGGCCGGCGCCGGGGGUGCCCGGCGGGACGGCGCCAUGCUGGGAAGGUCGGCGGCGGGCCGGUUCUCGCGAGAGUUUCCGGUGCGGCGCCGCCGCUCCGUGUCAGUUGCGGGCCGGUAAUGGCGGCGCUGAGGGCCCGCUGAGGGGCCGCGCACCGGGCUCGAGCCGCCCUCCCUCCGCCCGCCCUCCGCGGGAUGUGCCGCGACCUGCCGCCGGCGCAGCGGCCGUCAGCCAGGUAAAUUGACACAAUGUGGAGCAACAAGUCUAAUGAAGUGCCUCUACAAAAUCCGAGGCAUAACCAAAGCAAGGAUUCUACCAGAGAUCUAACUGCAGCAUGGGCUUCUUUUUCUCAGACUAAGGCUGCUCUACGUCAUAUAGAGAACAAAUUGGAAAUAGCUCCCACCAGCACGGCUGUGUUCGAUUCAGUCAUGGAUGCCAAGAAGCCCUCUGCUAGUGCCAGCAGGAAGAGCAGCAGGAAGGGUUCCCGGUCCUCCAGCCAAAAUAAAUCGAGCAAGGAGAAGUCCUCACGCAGCCCUCUUCGAGCAACCACUCUGGAAAGCAAUGUGAAAAAAUGCAGUCGUGUGGAAUUCCGUGAACCAUUGGCUUCCUACAGGGAUAUAUAUGGUUCUCUGUCUUAUCACAGUUCUAGCCAGCUUGAGGCCAAGCAGCUGCUGUCUGGUUUGGAGCUGAGUGAAGCAGAAGGGAAGAGUGAACUCCCAGCCUGUCUGGCACAGGAGCGGGACGAGCGGGAUCGGCACAGCGGAAGCCUUGACAGCCCCCUCCCUCCUGCUGCAGACGAGACCGUCGUGAGGUACCUGAACGACCGACCAACAAUCGAGGCCUUGCAGAGUAACGAGGCUUUUCUUAGGCUUGCAGCACCUCCAAGACUGGAAGAAGAAAAAAACAGUGGCUCCAGGGGAGAUGAGAGCAGCCCUAGAGCUUCUCAGAGUAACACGUCCCAGGACAGUGAACUGAAAGUGUCUUCCCCUUCUGCCACGAGUAUUUGCAGUGCUCACAGGCUGGAAAUCCUGAAACAGCGGCAGCACGAUGCCAAGUUGGAGAAGCUGAAGGAGAGGAUCCGAAAGCAGUGGGAGCAUUCCGAGGAGCUCAGCAGCAGAGGAAAGCACUUGGGAUAUGCUGAGCAACCUGUUGUGGUCACUAAUGUGGAGAACACGGUGACUCCCAAGGUCAGGAAGGUGACAGCUGUGCCUGCUGCUCCGUCAUACAGAGGUUUCAAUCCUGCUGAAACAAGGAUUCACGCUCCAGAUGGAAAGAUCUGGCACACGGACGAGUUCCGUAUUAGUCGGGAGCUGUACAGGGAUAUUGCACUCCAGUUAAAAGAGGAUUCAGCGUUGAAAGGAAAAUCUAGUGAGAGAAACAAAGAGAAGAAAGCCACCAGACCAGUGCGGAAAGUGCAAAAACUGACACGAUUGUCAAGUCCAGAGUCCAAACAAGGUGGAAACUAUGUGAUAAGCGCAUCCUCCUGGCGGGAGGGACAAAAGCUGGCAAACAAGAUCCUGGGUCCAGCUCCCAGAAUAGAACAGGACAGAAGAGCUGUAUCCAGUGACAGAACAGGCCGAGAGAGAGCUGCCAAGUCUGCAGGCUGCAUUGGAAGGACAGGUUCUGAUUCUAGAUUGGAUGUUACCCGUAAAAGCUCUUCAAGAAGUUCUGAAAGGUCAAGAAGUAAAGUACGGUCUGAGACCAGUCUGAGGAAACUGGAAGCAGCUCUUCCAAGUGAUAACCAAGAAGAUCAUGCCUCUGUAAACAAGGAUUUCCUGCCCGUGGAGAUACGUGGGAUUCUUGAUGACCUGCAGUUGGAUUGCAUGAGUACAAAGCAAGAGACAGAUGUGGAAAAGCAGAGUCAAAAAUCUGUUUUGCCUAUUCAAAAUACGAGGAGCCACAGUCCAACCAAAAGGAAACCGGACAAGGUCGCGGCCAGUGAGGAGCCUCAGGUGAUCUCUAAGAAACGCCACUAUGACAGUGAAGAGGUUCGUCAGUACAUCAUCAGGCAGCAGGAGGAGAGGAAGAAGAAGCAGAAUGAAGAGAAGAAAGCACAAAAAGAGGCAACAGAACAGAAGAACAAAAGGCUCCAAGAGCUCUACAGAAAGCAGAAGGAGGCUGUUACUAAAGUGAAGAAUGUGCCUCCUCCUGAGCCUUCAGCAGCCAAACGGUUACAGGAAACCUAUUCCAAACUCUUGCUGGAACGAACGCUUUUAGAAGAGCCACCUCAGCUGCCUACAGUGCAGGAAACACAGCCCAGACCUGGUUACCAGCCAUCUGGGGAGUCUGACAAAGAAAACAAGGCUCAAGAGCGUCCUCCAAGUGCGUCUUCCAGCAGUGACAUGUCCCUUUCAGAACCACAGCUGCCGCUACUGAGGAGUGAUUUGAUGGAGCCUCCGUGGGUACAGCCAGACAGGUUGAGCCCAAGGGUCCAGCUCCCCCACCCACAGGCUCUGCUGGGCUCCAGUGGAGGCCCUUGUUCCCCGCACUGGAGUCUGGAGCAGAUGGAGCUUCUGUCAAAGGAGUGUGACGCGAUGUUGGCAGGCAGGAGGAGCCAUUCUGCCCCUGUGGGGUCCCUGAUGCCUCAGUCGUACCUGAAUUCAGCUGCUGCACAGGAAAACCUCUUAGUAAAACCUUCUGCCAGCCAGUAUAAGAGCAAAUUAGAUCGCCUUGAAGCUUUGAAAGCUACAGCUGCUUCCCUUUCUAGCAGGAUUGAAACUGAAGCCAAAAAGUUGGCUGGCGCUGGUAUUAACUAUGGUAGCACGUGGAACUCAGAAUUUAUGCAAGAAAACCAGGAUGAGGGAUGGUGGGCAAAGGCUGUGAGUCCUCCUGUGAGGGAGGAAAAUGAAAAUACUUUUUCAGCCAGAAUUCAAAGGAUGUUGGGUGCCUGCGUGUCUCAUACAACCUUUGAUGACAACCUUCCUGGGGUAGGCAACCUUAGUGAGUUUAAAAAGCUCCCUGAGACCAUCAGACCUCUUACUGACGUGGUCAGCCGUGGAUUGAGGUCUCCUGCUGCUAACAGGCACGAAGGGCUCCUGGGACAUUUCUCCAAGAGGCAGACGGACUCCCCAGGGCGUGAGAACCAGGCACAUCCUCUGAGCAAAGCCGUGACUCCGCACGAGUCCAGCAUCGACUCCAUCAGCGAAGGGCCUCUCCUGAGCGAUGAAAACCUCUCAGAAGAGGAGGGAGGCCAGCACAAGCAGCUGCCACUGAAGAUGCUGGAGACAUUAAAAGAGAAGGAUUUUUGCAUUCGGGAGAGAAAUGCUUUUGAGCCCAUAAAGGAGUUUCAGAAAGCAGCUGAGAGGUACUCCCCGCUUUUCACUCAGACAAGUGACACACAGAGCAAGGGGCCCUGGGAGGAGCUGGCAAAGGGAAGUCCCCACAGUGUCAUCAACAUCUUUGCAAAGAAUUACCAACUCCAUGGAAAAGUGUUUGAGGAAAGGCUGAACGGCGGCUCUGCGCUCCUGCGCCCUUUGCUCCCUGCCAUGAGCCCUCCGGAGAGCGUGGCUUCUUACGAGGAUGAUUUUGUCUCAUCGCAGGGAAGCAGCACUUUAACAGACAAAAAGAUUUCACGUGACCUCAGUGUGCUCCUUUCUAGUGUUGCUGGCAGCAGUAAUUCAAGCAUUCCUGAGGAAAUUCCCAGUAGGAAGUCUCCCCUUGAGCCUCGAUCUGUGGAGUUCGGUUCUCCGCACUCGUCUGGACCGCGGUCUGCAGCGUCCUCCCGCUCUUCUGCUUCCUCUAAGAAGAGAGGGAAAAAGGAACGGUUGGAGUCCUUCAAUGGAAGUUCUCACCACUUUUCUGUGGAAGAAGAUAAAAUACUGUCUGAAUUAGAGAGGGGAUCCCAACAGGCUAAGAAAUCCUUGCCAAGUAGCAGAAUUUCUAAUAAAGAGCAUGAGCAGAACCCAGAUACAGACAACACACUGGGAAACUUGUCUGGACACUCCCUGAUGAGUUUCUCAGACAAGGGAAGACCCCAGAAGACACCAACUUCUUCCCCAUCUCCUGGCUCCCAAAAAGUGCUGCAGUUGGAUUCUGGAGCCAAUACAGCAGAAAGAGUCAAGUCACCUGCUGGCUUUUCUGGAGGUACAGCCCCAGGGCUGAAGCCAAACGUGGCCUUCCCUGACGUGGGCCUGGGAACCAGCAGGUCUGCAGCAGGAGCAGCCUCAGCAAACGGGUGCAUGCGCUUCUCCCCCGCGGGGCUGCAGCACCGCUUGUCGGCAGAGCUGAACUACCUGAGCGCCAUCGAGGAGUCUGUGCGGCAGCUCUCGGACCUCGAGAGGGUACGAGGCAUUUCCCUUGCCCAGCAGGAGAGUGUUUCUUUGGCUCAGAUUCUCAAGGCACAACAGCAGCGCCAUGAGCGGGACUUGGCUCUUUGGAAAAUCAAGGCUGAACAAGAAGCUUUAGAAAGUCAGAGACAACUGGAAGAGGCAAGGCAGAAGGCAGCUCAGGUCCAUGCAGAGUCCCUGCAGCAGCUGGUGCAGUCACGGCAGGAGGCUGGACUGGAGCCCCCAUGCAAGGCUGCAGCCAAACAGGCAGAGCCUGCACUGCUCCCUGCAGAUGCAACUCACCAGCUCCGUGAGGUGGCAGAGCUAGCACGGGCCCAGAUCUCGGACGCUGUCAGUGCCCCAGCUCCGGUCCCCACCGUGUUCGACCACCAGCGGCAGCACCAUGCAGAGUUCAUGAAGCAGCUGAGGGCCCGAGCUGACACAAACAGGAAAUGUGAGUCUGGUGCCAUAUCACAAGGUAAAGAGGAGACAGGAGACUCACCAGUGUUUGGUAGUUACUCUGAGUCCUCAAGAUCAAAGGUUCAUGAUCAGAGUAGUGCCAGCAGCUGCCAGGAGAGCCCUUCAGUUCCAUCUUCUAAGGAGAAUGAGAAGAAGCUUUCCCGUCGUGAGAAGACAGCCAGCAGUAUUGAGGAGCAGGCUCAGACUGCUGCAGAUGAUUCCCUGCCCAGUGACAGUGUUCUGUCCCUGCCAGAUGAGAAAGAUUCCGCUUCCGUUGCGACAGAGUGUUCCCUGAAAUUUGAUGAGUCCAUGACAGAGGAUGAGAUUGAAGAGAAAUCUUUUCGCUCUUUGCUGCCCUCUGAGAGUCAUCGCAGGAACAAUCUGGAGAAGAAGCGGGGCAGCCGUGACGAUUCUGAUGAGGAAGUGUCCCCAGACAAAACAGCUCUGUCAUCGGUCAAGGAGCUAAGCAUGCCGUUCUCAGGGGGGCAGGACAGUUUCUCUAAGUUCACCAUGGAGAUGGUGAGACAGUACAUGAAGGAGGAGGAAAUGCGAGCAGCUCAUCAGUCCUCGCUGCUGCGGCUCCGGGAGAAGGCUCUCAAAGAGAAGACCAAGGCUGAACUGGCUUGGCUGGAGCACCAGAAAAAGCAUUUGCGAGACAAGGGAGAGGAUGAUAAGAUGCCUCCUAUUCGAAAGAGGCAGCGAGGUCUGCUGCUGAGAUUACAGCAGGAAAAGGCAGAAAUUAAACGUCUCCAGGAGGCGAACAAGGCUGCUCGGAAGGAGAGGCAGCUCAUCCUCAAACAGCAGGCAGAAAUCGAGCGAAUCCGUCAGACCACCAUGAAACUGCAGGAAAAGCUGAAGUCUGCAGGAGAAAACAAACUGGAGCUUCCCAGUGAGGAUGACAUCAAGCAGAGCAAUGGUUCCAGCCCACUUCCAACUGAUGCAGAAACACGCAGCCCUUCCCCAAUCUCCAUCUCUAGCAGUGAGACCAGCAGCAUUAUGCAGAAACUUAAAAAAAUGCGCAGCAGAAUGGAUGAAAAGUUCCUCACUAAGCGGGAGCAGAAGCUGAUGCAGCGCCGACAGCACGCGGAGGAGCUGCUGGAGUGGAAACGCCGCCUGGAUGCCGAGGAAGCAGAAAUACGGAGGAUGGAAAAGCAGGCUCUGGCUGCCUGGGACAAGGAGCUGCUCAAAACCAAGAUAGCCAAGAAAGAGCUGGGAGAUCAGAGGACUGAGCCCAAAGAAACAGCUAGUGAGGAAGAGUCUCCAGUGCCUUCUUGCUCUCAUCGGAACAGUGAAAGUUCUAUCCCAGAAGAUCUCGGCAGUCUGGCUGCUGAGUCUGUCCCAUCAGAGCCCAUGGGCCAUGGGCAGCCAGAGAGCCCAGAUCAGAGUACAAUUAAUGAAGAAAUAAUUUAUUCUGAAGAUUUGAAGUCCUCUACCUCGCCUGGCAAACUGUCUCCUCCCAAAAGCAGUGUAUCUGUGUCGAAGCAAGACUCCAGCAAAGGCAGCCACAGAACUGGGGGACAGCUGCGUUCACCUGUGAGGUCCCAGCAGACAUCUCACAACUGGUCUGAUGAAUCCUUAUCUAUGACACAGUCAGAAACCACCUCUGAUCAAAGCGACAUUGAAGGACGCAUCAGGGCCCUGAAGGAUGAACUACGGAAAAGGAAGUCUGUGGUUUACCAGCUGAAAAAGGAGCAGAAAAAGAGACAAAAGGAGAGACUGAAGGCCCAGGAAGCCAGUUUGAUCAAACAGCUGGAGUCAUAUGAUGAGUUUAUCAAGAAGACUGAAGCAGAGCUGAGCCAAGAUUUGGAGGCAUCACCAACAGCCAAACCUCAGAUUAAAACUCCAUCCUCAGCGGCUACUGAAAAACCUAAGAUCAAGGCACCACCACUCCAUAGGCCUGAGACAGCUAAAAACUGGAAAUCACUAACUGAGUCAGAGAGAUCCAAAGCAUCUUUGGAAUCCAUUUCAGAACAUGCAGAUGCUGUGUCAUCAAGAGCCGAGAGAUCAGUGUCUGUGCACAACAAGAAGGUGGCUGUGACAGGUGUCCCUGCAGGAGAACCUUCUGGAACAGCUUCCUUGGCUGUAGUGUUAACAAAGAGUUCCAGAGCAGCAUCUGGUGAUUCCUCAGAUAAUGUCCCCUCUUCAGCUCCUCUCAAAGAUAUGAAAGACAUUAGCAGGACAUCCCUUGAGUCAGUGAACAAAGUGGUAAAUGCAUCCAGUGUUAGUCCUACCAUUAGCCAUAAAUCUGAGAUUUCAGAAGACCUGGAAUACGUAAAGUCAGAGGAAUAUGAGAGUGGAGGUGCUGAUGUUAAGCCUUUGGAGAGUUCUGAUGUCCUGCUGACGUUAGAUGAAGGACAGGAGAGUUCACUGGAUCGCUGCUCUGAAAACAAACAGUCUCAGAAGGAACUGCUAGAUGUAGCUGUGGGAAGUCUUCAUGAUACAGAAGAAAUCUUAGAACAGAGACAGUCAAAUAAAGAUGCUGUGAGUGGCCCAAGCAUAGAGGAGACUUCUCACAAACUCAGCAGAUCUGCAGAAGAAAAAGGUAAUCUGCUUUCAGAACAGCUCUUGAGUGAGAAAGAGCCAUCGUACCUUGAAGACUUUGAAGGAUCCUCUUCCAGAAAACAAGCUUCAGCUGAAGAAACGCUGUCUGGGGAACGCUACAAAAACGACUUUGAGGGAUCCCUGCUCUCUGCCACCGGGGUGUCCCUGCCGGAGCAGUCCCAGCACAGCCAGGGCAGCCGAAGCAGGUCCACCAGCCUGGGCAGCGAUGGCGAAAUCAGCGAGUACCUCAGUGACAGGUCUCUCUCUGGCAGCGUGCACUCAGAGAGGCUGCUGGAGCUUCAGUCCCCAACAGAACUUGUGAAAAAUACUGAACGCAGAGAUGUGGAGCAAGAACAGCCUCCUGCUUGUUCACCGCUGUGGGCCUCGGCUUCAGUCACAGAAGAAACUGAUAGUUUGUCCAAUUUCAACAUUGGAGAUAGAGUACUUGUGAGUAAAGUGCAGCCUGGAACACUGCGGUUCAAAGGGCUGACUAAAUUCGCCAAAGGGUUUUGGGCUGGCGUGGAGUUGGAUAAACCUGAAGGGAACAAUAAUGGAACUUAUGAGGAUAUUAAAUAUUUUGAUUGCAGAGAAAAGCAUGGUAUUUUUGCUCCUCCUCAAAAAAUCUCCCACAUUACAGAAAGUAUUGAUAGCCAUUUAGACACAAAUAAGGAUGAUGAAGACUCAUUCUUUGAUGAUAGGCUGGAGAAACAACACAAAGCUGAGCAGAAAAGUAAAGAAAGUUCCAAACCUGGCAAAGAAGCUGAAAGCCAGAGCAGAAAUGCAACAGAGAACUAUUCCCAGGAUAAAGCUCCUGUGGACAGAGCUGUUUCAGAAGCCUCAGCUAAAGACAGGGUUGAUGAGGAGUUGUCAUCUAAAGCAAACAGCAUAAAAGGUAUUUCUGUAGCUACUGGUUCAUUUGCCCAAGAACAGUCAGUGGUAGAUUACCUGAAGGAUGCUAUAAAAGAGGAUGCCAGCCACACUCCUCUCACUUCUAGUGUUGUGGAUGAGAUUUCUGCUGUUCAGUUGGAUGACAUGUCAGAUUUCCUUUCUGAAAAACUGGAGAGGCAGAAGACACUGGGAGAGGAAUGUGCUGAAAAGUUGGAUGAUCUCUCUCCUGGCAUCGUGGAGAAGCCUGCAACUCCACUGCUGGAUUUGCUGACAAAAGAAAAGAACCAGUUAGAAGCACAGCUCAGCCUGCCUCUUAGAGAUGAAGAAAAGUCAAAAGACCAGCUGGAAAAGGUCAGUUUGCUGACAGACAGUCUACUAAGAGAUUUUGUGAAAGACACAGUCAAUCAGUUACAGCAAAUAAAGAAGAUCAAGAAUGAGAAAAUCCAGCUCAGCAACCAGGAGCUCUGUGAUGUGAAGGAGGAAGCUGCUGCCUCACCCCAGCGGGUUGAAAAGCAGAUUCCAGACGGACUGAAUAACUUCUUCCUAAGUUCUGAUUUGGAAGAUGACAGAGAAGAGCUUUCCUCUCCAGACAUGUGUCCCAGACCAGAGAGUCCUGUGUUCGGUGCCAGUGGCCAGGAGGAGCUUGCCAAGAGACUGGCAGAGCUGGAGCUCAACCGGGAGUUCCUGAGUGUGCUGGGAGAUGAUCAAGACUGGUUUGAUGAGGACUAUGGCCUGAGUUCCCGUAGGCAGCAGCAGAAGCAAGCCGAGGAGCCAGCAGUGCUGCCCCAGGCAGAGCCGCAGAAAGUGCCCGCGAAGCCGAGCGAGGAGGCUCUGGCGGUGCCUCACACCGCGGUGGAGGUGGAAGGGAUGGUGCAUGCAGCAGCUGAGGAACUCUGGAAACUGAAAGAGCUGGGUCACGAUCUUCAGAGCUGCAGCCUUAAAGCAGAUCUUGGUGGUACCCUCCAAGAGCAGGACACAGACACCAUAAACAAGCAGGUUUAUAGAAAGGUGGUAUUUGAUUUAACAAGGGAGAUCUUUGGGGAAAUCUUUGCUGAGGAUCCUAAUCUGAAUCAGCCCAUUUGGAUGAAACCGUGUAGGAUCGCAUCUGCUUAUUUUCGCCGAGUCAAAGAUCCAAAUGAUCUGGAUGAAAUCAAGAACUUCAUUGCAGCUGAAGUACUGAAGUUGUUCAGCCUGAGGAAAGAGCCUAAUCACAAAACAGACUGGCAGAAGAUGAUGAAAUUUGGGCGGAAGAAACGAGACCGGGUGGAUCACAUACUGGUGCAGGAACUCCAUGAGGAAGAAGCGCAGUGGGUGAACUAUGACGAGGAUGAGCUGUGUGUAAAGAUGCAGCUGGCAGAUGGGAUCUUCGAGGCCUUAAUCAGAGACACUGUUGAUGUACUGAACCAGAUAAACGAGAAACAGCGGAGGCUGCUGCUUGUCUGACAGUGCUGAAGUGAGCUCAGAGCUGCCAACCACGGAGUCACAGGCCUCUCUGGCUCCUGCUCUCCUCCCUGCACGUGCUGCGGCUGGACUUCCACGCGUGGGGUUCCCAGGCAGUUCAGAUGGGAUGAAAAGAACCUGAACUGGCUGCCAAGACCUCGCACCAGAUUUAUUGUUUGGAAUGAGCUGAUCCCUCACUUGAGGCUGCUUUGAGGAGUGCUCAAGACUGUCCAUGUGCCAACGCAGUUAUGUCACAUAACUGUCAGCAGCUGCCCAGGGCCCUGGCCUGGGGCUUUGGCAUGUUCGGUUUGUUCCCUGAAAGGGUUGGGUUAAGUUGGGAUAUUGGCUGUUUCGCUGGAAUGGUGGUCAGCCAUCAGUACUCAACUUGUCCUUAGAAAUGUGAGUCAUUUGGAGAAGCAACAGUUUGGUCAGGUUUUGGUCACAACAGAGACUUACCAUACUGAACAGUGUUAUAAUCUUAACACAUCUUCUCCUGCAGCCCUAACAAUGUGCAUCAGUUUCUUCUGCUUCAGAGCCUAUUUAAUUCACUUCUUGUGAAGCUGGUUUUCAUCUUUCUUCUGUGAUGUGGUACUGAGCAUGGUGCCAGCCCAGUCCAGGGGAAUUAGAUGAUGUGGCUUCCUGCCUACAAGUAAAGAAUUCUUGCUGCUUUGCUCCGAGGCGGAGCAAGAUAAAGCCUGCCUAAUGUCAAGCGUGAAAGAUGAGCCCGUGGACAACUUUCCUCCUACCGUGUAGCACUUCUCUUCCUGGAGCACCAGCUGCUCCCAGAUAAUGGAUACUCAGGAUUUUUUCAGGCACGAGACAUGCAGGAGUGGAAAAUAUUUCCUCACAAAAAUUUGGCCUUCAAUCCCUCAGCUUUCUCCCUUACUGUCACCUAAUGAAUUGGAGAAGCUGUUACUUGAACAAUUUAGAGAACAGAGUGUAUUCACCAAAGAAAGCGGUGUCUGGUGCUUGACUGUCUGCAUGUUUUGUGCUUGUGGGUUUUUUAUUUAUUUUCAGAUAAUUUAUUAAGUGGAUUACAGGAGAGUGUCCUGUGCAGUUGGCUGCACUGUCUUGUGUUUUGAGACAGACGAACUUGAGAGAGCAUCUGGUUUGGAAACUUCCCGAGCACCAUAUUCUUUGCACAAAACCUCCAGCUUCAUGAGGCAGAUAGAGCAGAGUGAAGGCAGGAAGAACCAAACCUCAGUGACCAAGGGUGGGGUACAAAGACAGGUCUAGGAGUGGAGCUUGAAAACUGAAACAUCUGGUUUGGACACAAUGGAGAGUUGAGGGAGCUGAGCUGAAAAAUCACAUGAAAAUUCCCAGCUCUUUCUAUUCCCUUCCUUUCCCAGAACUUCUGCACCAUGUUACGUGGUUGAUUUGGUGCUGGAUUCAUCUGCAGUGUUAUUCUGCUCAGUGCUGGUUCCUGACCUGUUCUUCCUGUUCUUUUGUUUUUCUUGGAGGAACACGGAUGAUCUGGGGUCGAACAUUGAUGCCUUAAUAGUGGAUGUCCUUGUUUGCUAACCUGGGACAAGACCCAGAGGAGAGUCAGAUUCUCCAGGCACUGGAGUGUAGACAGAAAUGUUGAAGCCCUUAGAGGUGCCCCAAAGAUGCUGCAGCCCACAAUAGGCGUGGCGGGGAGAUCUCAACUGUUUCAUUCAUCUGCUUGGUUCAUACCUCUGCUACUGCUCCAGUUUGGUUUCUCUUUUCCACCUUUUUUUUUUCCCUUGGGUUGUUUAUUGUUUGGGAUUUUUUGAAAGCUAUCAUUGGAAUAUUUGCAUUUUGCACAAUGACGCAUAGCUGGUAAUUCUUCAGGGACAGCACUGGGAAAUGUUGGAUUUGCCAGAAGUCCAUGCAGAUUCUCAGAUGUAGUCUUGCCAGCACCUCACUUGUGAGUUAGUGGUGAGCCAUAUUCAUGGGAGCUCUGUGAGUGAAAGAACAAGGAGGAGGUAAUGGUGGAUAGGGACAUCCCCAGUGGGGGUAUGCAUGUCUGUCCCGCAGUAGUGGCCCUUCUGGCUGGCUGGAAGUCAGGUGGUCUUGGUGGAGCACUGCUCAGCUUUUUUUUGUCAAGCAAUUCAUUUGUUCAUGUAAAAUGUCAUGAUGCUGAACCAGGAAACCCUUGGAUGCUUAAGACAGAAGCAAACUAAAGCUGCUAGAUUUAACCAGCAUGGUGUGACUGAUGGGUCACCGCCUCAGAUUCCCUUUACUGGGUGUAUCUCUUUCAAUAGCAAGGAUUGCUAUUUUUAUAGGUACCAAUUAUGGAAGGAGGACAGAAACCUGCAGAGUUGGUUUGUACCUAGAGCAUCAGCUUAGGUUCUGUUCCCUAGAUACCCUGGCCUGUGCUGAGGUUGUCCUGCAUCCCCAGGGCUUCUUGCUCUUCUGAGGGGCUCAUGGGGUGUUUCUGCUCUGUCCAGCAGGAGGGAGGAGGUUGUGCAGUCGGGCCUGACAGGGUAUGGGGAUCCAUUGGAGAUUGUGUGCCUGUCAUAUUUUGACUGCAGUACCCUCCACAGAAGCACUAACUAUUUUUAACAGGUGUUGGACAGAAGGAAGCUGUGUCUAAGUAAUGGCUUUGUUCCUUUGCAGGCAUCACUGAUUUUUUUUGGUAGCAAUUCUUGCUAGGAGCAUAACCCUAAAACAACGUGAACGUACGUGAAUUACCUUCGCAAUACCUCUUGUGUGUUGAGUUGCUUUGAGUUGAGUGCAUGUUCAAAACCUCAAGUGGGUUGAGUACUUGUGGACUGAUGAUUACUGCGGUGAAGCAAGUGUCAGGCUGGGUCGGGCUGCUAGUGAGGAGAUAUGGGGAAGCCUGGGCUCCCACAAAGAGGCUGAAUUCUCUGCUUCUCUCCCAAACAACAUGAUAUUUCUGCGUCCUGGUUAUCUCAGUGCAACCACAUAAGAAGAUUCAAGGCUGGGAUGUUUUGCUGAGACCUGUGAGCUGUUUGGGGCAGCGGCCAUCAUCACUGGGGACAUGCUGUUCCAUCUUUGGAAGGAUCUGAGAGCCAGGUGGGAAAGCCCAGGCUUGUGGGAACACAGUGCAAGUACCUCUCUAACAGCAGGAUGCUCUGUGAGCUGAGCCCUGGAAUAUCAGUAGUUCUGCCUUUCAGAGAAGGCUCGUUGCUCACAAGGUGGAAUGAGGGAUUGAAAAAUCCCAUCUUGUUCCUUUUCCUUUCUUGAAAAAGUGGCCUUAGCUUUUUGCAAUACUUGAAUAAGUGUGUACCUGCAGAAGACCUUCAGUAGCACAGUGACAGAGACCUUUUAAGUGACUAUCCUGCGAGGAACUGUGUGUAGUUCCAACUUUCAUAUCUCUUUGCUACCUUAAGAAUAUUAGGAAAACAAAGUACUUUUCAGCAGACAAGCAGUUGAAUCUUACAAGGUAUUUAGUGCAUCUGAAGUGUUUACAAACGAACUAAAAUGGAGAAAAUCAAACUAUUGAACUUAUUUGUAAUUUAAGUGUUAAAUGCAAAAUUAUAUACAGAUGAAAAAGAAAUACUGUAAUUAACCUGCAUUUACUAGGGUUCUUUUUUCCUUGAUUUUGCAGAGCCUUUUGAUACACAUUUGCAAAGCCGCCUUUUGGGAGGCUUGGUCUCCCUGUGUACUGUGUUGUGGAGAUGCUGAAAAGAAACCCGUUUACUGUGUAUGUGUAAAUAACCUGGUGACCUGGGGUUUGGGCCAGUUUCAGCUCAUGUUCACAUCCACAGCAGCUUUGCACAGUAGACAGACCCAAGGAUGUGGAGGGGUUGGGGAGGUUUUUUUGUAAUUAAGAAUUGUAAAAUAACCAGGGUGUUCCCUGUGUAAACCAUUGUAAAUAUCUUUGGUACUGAAAUGUACUUUAAGAGAACAAAAUCUGUAAAUAAACUGAUUUAUAAAUUAA